CGUUAUACGAUCCCUCUCACGUGCAAAACGCUUGCACGCGCCCACGCACAGAAGCCCUAGCGUCACCUCCUCUCCCCCAACCUCCAGCGUCGCCUGCGGCCUCCCUCCAUGUCGUCUCCCUCUCGCGACCUCUAAGGCCUCCCUCCAACGUCAUCUCCCUCCAGCGACCUCCCGCCGGCAUCGCCUCCAUCCCGUGGCCUCCAGCGUCCGCCCCCGACCUCCUUCCCACGACCUCCCGCGGCCCCCUCCCGCGGCCCCCUCCUGCGACCUCCCUCCAGCGACCUCCGCGGCCUCCCUCCUCCCGCGAUCUCCAGCGGCCCCCUCCCGCGCCCUCCGCGGCCUCCCUCCUCCCGCGAUCUCCAGCAGCCACCUCCCGCGACCUCCCUCUCGCGACCUCUAGCAACCUCCAGCAACCUCCAGCGGCCUCCCUCCCUGGCACCGUGUGGAAGAAAGCGAGAACCUUUUAGAUUAGUUUCGAAGAGUCAGCCUCCAAUGUUACCACAGAAGAGGCCACAUCCUGACUCCAAAUCUAAACCUCCACCACUCCCGGAAGCUGAACAAAAAAUCUACACAUCGAUCAAGAGCAAACAAAGCAUGGGGAUUUGGACAGCGGACAUCAAAAGAGAAACAGGUCUUCCUAACACUGUUGUCACCAAGGCCCUCAAGUCACUGCAGAACAAAAACCUUAUAAAAGAUGUCGUCAAUGUUCACAACAGAGCUAAAAAGAUGUUCAUGGCUGUGGAGUUUGAACCAUCAAGGGAAAUAUCUGGUGGUUCAUGGUACACCGAUGGAAAACUCGAUACGGAGCUCAUCAAUGCUUUGAAGAGAGUUUGCUUGAGGUACAUUGCGGAGCACAAAGUCACAACAAUGGAAGAAAUAUCAAGGUCCAUAGAGGCCUCAAGAGUGCUGAACGUGCCAUGUAGCAUGCAGCAGUUGCUUGAGAUCGUUCGUACCUUGGUUCUUGACAAAGAGAUUGAGGAAUUUAGGAGCAAGGGUGCAGGAGAAUUCGCGCGGGUGCCAUCAGGUAAGACUUGCUAUAGGAUCUCAAGGGGAAAAGUGGGAACUGAAGCUGGUUACUUGGCUUCAGUUCCUUGCGGAGUGUGCCCGAGAAUAAGCGAAUGCACACCCGAUGGGGUUAUAUCGCCCAAGACAUGCGUGUACUACAAUAAAUGGCUCAAUCUGGACUUCUAGAUGUUCCCUGUCAUUCAAACUUCCUUUCCUUAGGGUCGCAAUGACUACAGAAAGCAGCAGCUGAGGAUUUUUUUUUUGUUCGAUUUGGCAACUAGAUAUUAACUUUGCUUGUAAUUAUCGUUUAUUUUGCAACAAGUUAAGAUCUACUUGUCAGUUAUGUUCAA